UUAGGUGAUAAGCCUAUAUUUAGUAAACUGUAUGACGUGGCAUACUCCACGAAAAAAAAACUUAUCUCGUCUUGUCUCACUGUCAAGUGUCAUGUCAAACUCUUUCUUCUCCGAUUCUUGGUCGAGCAAACCUCUAGCGAGAAGAAGAUCUGCUUGUCUGACAUGCAUAAAUCAAUCUUCUGUUUGUGAUAUAUGUUGAACUUGUGUCUGAGAAUGUAGCCAACUCUGUUUUAAAAGCUUGGUUUGGUUUAACCGGUUCUUAAUUAAACAACUAUGAGCAAACCGGUUCUUAACCUUACCCUAGACUAGAGUAACUAAUUUUUCUACUAGCAAUACUAAACCGGACACGGUUUGGUUUCUCGUUUUCGGUUUAAGAAUCUCAGGAGGAAGAGAAGAAAAAAAAAGAAUGGCUUUCCCUUUUAAUUUCUUGGAUCUGUUUUGUCUCGUUCACACUUAAGCUGUUAAGGAAAAUAAGAAGAACAAUGGCUUCUUCUAGGUAUGAGCUACUUGUGAUCUGCGUCUUGUCUUUCUUCUUUGCUCUCUCUCACUCCAAGACGUUGAAGGGAGAUGUGCAAGAUUUGAGUAUUCAUGGGUAGGCCAUCAUCCUUGAGGAGAUGGAGAUCUCCCACCUUGGUCUGGUGUCACAAGGAGACUAUAGGGUUGUCACAGAACUAGAAGUUUACGCGGUUUCGAUUGUUGGACCGUUCCCCAUUGCAGUAACAAACCUUUUGGAUUUAACCAGACUGGAUAUACAUAACAACAAGCUCACUGGUCAAUUGCCUUCACAAAUUGGGCGGCUGAAACGGCUGAACCUGAGGUGGAAUAAACUACAAGAUGUGAUUCCUCCUGAGGUUGGUGAGCUGAAGAGGCUAACCCAUUUUAUCUGGAUUCAUUGUGUAGGUAUCUAUCUGUCUUACAACAAGUUCAUUCGAAACAUUCCUUUUGCGCCAUUGCUCACAUUCCUAAGCUGA